GCGGCUGGCUCCAGGCCCAGCCCAGGGAGCUUCUGCUGAGAGUCUGGGCCCAUUAGGCAAAGCGUUAGUGACAGGCUGGGAGGGCGGGUGGCGGCGGGCAGGGCGGGGCCUGCAGCCCUUGGUAUUUUCCGAUCCCAGCUGCUCUGUGAGGGUGGAAAGUAUUUGGGGACCAGGCUUGGGGGCGGAGGUGGCGGUGGCGCCCCCAGCGGAAGCCGCCCCUGAUUCAUCCUUGGAGCAUGGGACUUGGGGGGGGUACGUGGGCCUGUGUGUGUCUGCUGCGUGUGCACACGCGUGCUCGCUGUCUGUGGCGUGUACUCAGGCGCGGGCACACGCGUUGCCUGACCCGGGUGUCCUGGUGCAGCCUGGGGCCUGCUUCGCCCCCCCCUCCCCAGCCCGGGCCCACCCUCACCCCACGCCCCCAGCCGCUAGGAGCUUGGUCCUCCCUGGACGCCACCUCCCGUGAGCCCAGGAGGCUCCCCAUGACUGGUCGAGGGGGCCCAGCUCGCGGGCACCUGCGUGGCAGCACCCCUUCCACUUGAGCCCCAGACCUUCUGUGCCUGCGGGGUGGGGAGUGGCCUUGGCCCCGGCCCUGGGCUCUGAGCAGGGGAAACCCCACAGGAAACGGGCCUGGCCAAAUGGCCGCCCUUCCCGUUCUCGUCCCUGGGACACGAAUGUGCUGUCUCACUUCCGGAGGCGGCCUGGGGAGGCUGGCCGCCCCGCGGGGCGCCGGCUGCUCCCGGUCGGUGCCCUCAGACCCUGAGGGGACAGGGCUGUGGCUGGGGCCCGAUGGGAGAGGUUGGCCGCCGUGUGUGUGUGUGUGUGUGUGUGUGUGUGUGUGUGCACGCUUGUGUGUGUGGCAGGGGCUGACAAAGCAAGACAUCUAUCACCUCCUGUCUCCCAGUGGUGGGCGCCACCAGAUCGGAUGCUGAGGUCCUACCGGUGUGAGGUGUCCUUGUUUCUGUUGUCCUGCCUGGCUCUGCCCGGCACCGACUGCGUCAUCCCUGUCGUGAACCGGGUAUCACUCAUGGCACCCUCACCACGACUGACGGAGCACAUACUUAUUAUUCCAGUUUUGCAGACGGGGAAACUGAGGCUCAGAGAGGUUAACCAACUUGCCUAGAGUCACCCAGCUAGGAAGUGGCAGAGCUGGGGGUUUCAGAUCCCCCAGAAAUCUGGGACUGGCUCCAGAAUUGGGGUCUCUUAGCCGCCGGGCUCUUAUCCUAGGAGGCUGCAUUGACUGCCGCCGGAGCCACCUCACGGACCCCCUGCUUGGAAGGGACCUGGGGCUCGGUGUAAUGACGUUCUGUUGUGAAAUUCUUAGUUAACGAACAGGGCGCCCACGUCUUCAUUUUGCGCCGGGCCGACCUGAAAAUUCCCAGGCCUGCUCUGGCGCCAGGCAUUUGCCGAGUGGCACACAAGUUCUCGGUGACAUCUCACCAGGCUAUGUGGGAGAGGCUCUUGGCUCCGUUUUACAGAUGGGGAAACUGAGGCUUAGAGGGUGUUUGGGAAAGUGCAGAGCGGGGCUUGGAACUUCAGGCCGUUUGGAUGGAGAGGGCUGCAUCUUCGAGCGCGGGCUCUGUGCUCUGGGGGCGGAGGGGGAGAUCGGGGUACCUGCCGUUGGUAUCCGCCCUGGUGGGGUGCGGGCCCUCGAGUCCUGGCCACCAAGGAGAUGGGGCUACGCGAGGGGAGGCCCUGGUGGUUUCCUCCUGCCCUUCAGGCUUCUAGGAAGUGGCGCCAGCUGGGGUGAGAUCACUUCCUCACCCGCCUGCCCGCCCCCCUCGGCUUCCUCUCCCUAUGGCCCCGUUUGGCCUGCCCAGGGCUGGGGGGGGGCGAGAGGGGGGGACUUGGCUUUGGAAGUUCCUGCAGCCUCCUUGGCCUACAAGGGCCCUGUGGGCAUCUCUGUCUCUCCGGGGCUGGGACCCGGGGCACAGCCAGGGUCUAGCUCCGCCUGCGGCUGUGCUGCUUCCGCGGAGGGAAGGAGGGAAGCAGCUGAGGACCUGGACAGGAGAUGUCCCCAAGUCUCCUUACCUCCUUCACUCUCUCUCUCCCCUCCAGGUGCCAGCCUCUGGCCCCGCCCGAUGUCCCCUCACCCCUGUGCCAUGGCCGGCUGGGGUUCCUGGGGAUGGGAUUUGCUACCUAUCACAAAUCACAUUGCCAGGGAUUUCCAACCGACCCUGAGCUCUGGCGCCGAGGAUGCUGCCUGCCCCGGGGACAGGGCGGCAGAGAGGCCCCCAAGCCCGUGUGCCUGGCCUGAGGAGCAGGGCUUAGCUGCUUGUGAGCAGGGUCCACGCCAAAUCAUGUUCACAGUGGCUAAGUUCCGCCCCCCGGGCCCCCACCUCCUCGGGCCGUGCCGCCUGGUCCCCGCUGCCACUGCCUGUCCCGCUGUCCUGCUGCCCGGCCUCCCUGGGCUCUGCCUCCCGUGCCUACUGAGCUGAAACACAGUUGGUUUGUGCAGACUGGCUCAGUUCAGCAGGAACAGGAGUCAAGCCCCCUUGGAGCCCGCAGCCCCUGCCCUCCCUGGCCGGGCCGAUGCCGGGAGGGAAGACGAGGACGCAGACCCUGACCUGCGUGGGGAGGGCGCGAGGGGUGGGGGUGGGCCUGGCUGGGCCCCGCUGUCUGCUGCAGGCCCCCUCCCUUAACUCUGAACUUGAGGACCCCACUCCACGGCCACACUUCAGCCUGGACUGUGGCCCCAGCGUGGACAGGUAGGUGGGUAGGUGGGUAGACAGCCCUUCCAUAAAAAAGGAAGCUAGCUGUGUUCCCUCCGGGCCUGGAGCCUCAGCCCCUCCUCUCCCAAGCCUGGCAGGGGACAUGGCCCUGCCCUGCACCUUCCCAGCAGCCAGUUACCCAAGAGGAAGCUGCCCUGGGCCCCCCUGACCGUUAAAUGCCAACUCUGGGCUUCCGGAAUCAGGCUGGGCUGAGCUGACCUGGCCCCAUCUCCCCGGGCCCUGCAGCUUCCUAACUUGGGGGGAGGAGCGGUGACACCUGCCCCACACGUGGGGCAGGGAACAAGGUCCAUGUGGGCCCAGACAGGGACACAGGCAGGCCUGCUCAGUCCUGGGGCCCUGGGGAUCAGCCGAUCCUCUCCUCCUCGGGUGGUCUCAGGACAGGGAGGAAUUAAGACUGUGCUAUCUCAGUCGCAUGGGAUGAGGGCUCUUUUCUGGGCGAGACUGAGGAGGCACAGUGAAGCCCCCCAGGUCUCCGGGGCCAGCCCACUGUCCCCUUUCCCCACCCUGGGCAGGGGCGGAUAGGAGCUCGAGGUGGGAGGGAGAGGCAGUUUGUGCUGUGUGUCAUGCCUGUGGUCCGAUUAAAUAAAAGUUGCCCUGGCUUCAUUCCUGAA